CAGCGGCGCCAGAGGCUGCGUGUCCUUCCCUAAGCCGGGGACCAUGGGGCAGAAGCAACAUGAAAGAACUAGAGAAGAGUAGUGGGCGAGAUGUGAGGAUGACGCGCAAGGAACUUCAGCAGAUUAUGGACAAAGCUGCUGAGAUUGGGGAAGCUGAGCAGUGGAUGUCUUACUUUACCAACUCGAUAGAAAGUGAGAAAGCAUUUGCUGCCGUCCAAGAAUAUUUGUUACAAGAGGAGGAGCGAAUGAACGCCAUGGGGCUGGGACCCAUGGAACUACGAGAGCUUGUCCGGCAAAAUCAGCGACAGGCCAUUAGGAAGACGCACUUCCGGAAGCCGAACAGAACAACUGAAGGAUUCGAAGUGGCAACAAUGCACAAGAAGGUCGCUGACAAGAUUCGGCCCGUGGACGAGCCUAGGGUCAGCACAGAACAGGAACUGGGAAACCCUCAAUGGCGGGCAGCCGCCAUAGAACGACAGAUGCUCCGCGAGAGUCUACGAGGACCAGACAUCGGGCCUAUGGACCAUUUAUUUGAGAGCCGGCAUGCGUCGUUCCCCCGAGGGCAACGCCUCGAUCCUGAGAGGAUGAGAUCCAUUCACUUUGGAAAUCAGUUAUCACCACAGGAGGUGGACAUGUUCAAGCAGAUGCUACUUAAUCGAGAAGCAGCGAUUGCUUUCACUUUCAGAGAAUCAGGCAGGAUACACCCAGAAGUAUCCCCGCCUUACAAAAUCCACACCAAACCACACACUGCGUGGCAGGCAAAUUCAUUCAAACCGCCAAAGUCCGCCGAGCAGGAAGUCCUAAAGAUGCUGAAAGAAAGGAUUGAUAAGCUGGUUCUAGAACAGUGCGAUAGCCAGUAUCGCAACUCCUGGUUUUUGGUUGCAAAGAAGGACGGAGGGCAUCGUCUCAUUAUGAAUGCAAUCAAAUACAACGCGGUGACUAUUCGAGACGCCGCCUUGCCUCCGUGCGCCGACGACUUCUCUGAAUACUACGCGGGAUGCAAGAUCCUUACCCUCGUGGACUUCUUCUCAGGAUAUGAUCAGAUGCUGUUGGCGAAAGAAAGCCGAGAUAUGACAGCGUUCCAGACCAUGCUCGGAUUGUUAAGAUGUUGCACCCUGCCUAUGGGAGCAACGAAUGCGCCGGCUGCGUUCCUUCGAGUAAUUCUCCUUAUGCUAUCUGAGAGAUAUCCUCACGACUGCCGACCAUUUAUUGACGAUGUGUGUUGCGGAGGAUCAAAAGACGACUACGGAGGAAAGGAGGCCCUUCCUGGCAUCCGACAGUUCGUGCUUGAACAUGCACAGCAAGUGGACCGAGUGCUUGCGGACAUCGAGCGAGCAGGCUCAGCGGUGUCAGGGAAGAAAUGCUACUUCGGCUGGGAUCGCAUAGAAGUAGUAGGAUAUGAAGUGGAUGCGGAAGGAAGACAUCCGCAACUUAAGAAGAUUGAGAAGAUAGUCAACUGGCCAGCCCCCCGAAACCCAAAGGAAGUCCGCAUGUUUGUAGGCAUUGUGGUGUAUUAUCGCAUCUGGAUCUUCUGCUUUGCACUGGUUGCAAAGCCAUUAUUCCAGCUGAUGAGAAAGGAUAUUGAGUUUGCCUGGACACAUGAGCACCAAGAAGCAAUGGACAAACUCAAGACGGCGAUAACAACUGCGCCGGCACUGGUUACUCUCGAUUACUCAGAGGGCCAUGGAGAAAUCAUCCUAGGGACAGAUGGAAGUGGUGACGGAGCUGGUUGCUUGCUGGAGCAAGUUGGACGGGACGGCCUUAGGCAUCCUGUGCGAUAUGAGAGCUGCCUAUGGUCAGCGGACGAACGGAAAUGGCAUUCUACCAAGCUAGAAUGCCGCGCAUUGCUUUGGGCCCUUAAGAAAUGCCGCUACUACCUAUACGGGGUCCACUUUGUGGUGGAGACGGACGCGCAAACGCUUAUUGCGCAGCUGAAUCGAACAUCAUCAGAGACCCCUGGGUCGCUGAUGAAUAGAUGGUUGGCGGCGAUUAUGAUGUGGGAUUUCGACAUCCGUCAUGUUAAAGGGAAGAAGAAUGUGAUUCCCGACGCGCUGUCCCGGAUGCCACAAGACGACGAUUUCGAACCACCUAUGGAACCGGACGAUGACUUGGAAGCCUUCCUUGACCACACCCUGUCUGAACAUGUUGCUGUGGAAAUCAAUGGAGCUUUCCUAGCUGCCGCAGGUGAACGAACCGAAGCCGCCGGGCGGUACCUCGAUGAGUGGUACUCAGAGGAAUCAGAACAAAUUGCACAAUAUCUGACGACCCUUCGCACCCCAAGAGGAAUGGACCCUAGGAAGGCGCGAGCCUGGCGGAAAAAUGCCCUAACAUUCUUCGCGAAGGAUGGACACCUGUUCAAGAAAAGCAGCCGGAACAUGGCUAUUCGCCGGGUUGUCGAUCAUCCCAGCCUGCGCGUCCUGUUGAUCUGGGAAAUCCAUAGGCAAAUUGGCCACCGCGGGAUUAAUGCAGUAGCAACAGUAAUCGCACAGCGAUACCAUUGGAGAAACAUCUGGGAGGAUACAAAGAGAACCCUCAGGCAAUGUGAGAGUUGUCAGAUGUUGGACACCAAACGAACUAAGGACAUGAUGAUCAACAGCCGAACCUUCGCGUUGUGGGAACAUGUGUAUGUGGACGUAGUGCACAUGCCAAGAGAAGGAGCAUUCCGAUACCUGGUGGUUGCUCGGGAGGCGCUAUCUGGAUGGCCUGAGGCCCGCGCACUGAAAAGAAAUAAUGCCCACGCCAUUGCGAAGUUCCUGUAUGAGGACAUCAUUUGCAGAUGGAGCAUGGUGCGGCAAAUAAGUGUUGAUGGCGGACCUGAAUUUGGGGACGUAGCGAGAAUGCUUCUGGAGGUAUACAAAAUACGCCGCCUUCAGUCAUCCGCAUACAACCCGCAGGCGAUGGGAAUGAUUGAGUCCGGUCACAAGCCGAUAAAGAAAGCCCUGGCGUCGCUAAGUGGGAAAUGGACGGACAAUCUGCCAACUGUUCUGAUGGCAGACCGAUGCUCAGUCCACGAACCGACCGGAUAUGCCCCACUGCAGUUAGUGACGGGCCAGAAUCCUAUUCUCCCUGUGGAAAUGGAGAUUCCAACCUGGCAAACUUUACCAUUUGGUCGAGUACGGACGCGCGCUGACUUACUGGCGAUACGCGCUGCUCAGUUGGAUCUGCGAGACAGGCAUAUGAAGCUCGCAACCGCAAGGACAAUGCGGCUUCGAGCAAGAAAGAAGGAAUACUGGGACGCCACCCAAGAAAUUGAACACGACAAUUACAAAAAGGGGGACCUGGUCCUGCUAUGGAACUCCCAACAGAAUGACUUCGACCGAUCCACGAACAAGAAACUGAGCAAGAAGUGGCUCGGCCCCUACAAGAUCCAUGAUGUCAACCCAGACCGGAACUACUAUCGCCUGGCUGAAUUGGAUGGGGUACCCUUCCGUAAUCCAACGCCCGGAUACAGGAUUAAGCGCUUCGUGCAAAGAGACCCAGAGAAUGUCGCCAGAGAAGACCUAGCGCGAACGCUGCUGAAUAAGGAGGGGGAUGCCGCGGCGUCAUCUGACGAAGACGCUGAUGGCCCACUUUUUGAGGACGAGGAGCUGCCCGAAGAUAUCCAGGCUCAGCAAUUGCGGGAGACGAGCGAGGGGCUGCAAUACCGGGAAGUUGACCCCGGCUACGUCCAUCGCACGACUGUGAGGGUUAUGAUACCUGACCGCCGCGCCCAGGUCGCGCACGCCAUACUCGUCGCUACUACAGAACCCCGGUUGGGCUUCCUGCCUUCUUACUUCCAUCCGCGAGGAUAA